UUUCUGAUUCGUCCGAGUCUUUGCUAGGUGGGCGCCGGGUUCUGGUUUAGGCCGCAGCUGGAGCCACGGGCUGUCAGUCAGUUCACUGCGGGGUCAGGUCCGCGGAAGAAUGGGGGGCCGCACGGUACAGGCUCUGCUGCUUCUGGGCCUUUACUGCGGCGUCAUAACGGCGCUGCUCGGGUGCGGGAUCUCACAGACUGCGGCCGAUGAUGGAGAUGAUGAUGAUGAUGAGACCCUGGAGAUUGCGGAGCCGCAUUACCCCACAGGAGAUCAGUCGCGGGAUGAGGAGCCGGAUGUUGAGGGCUGGACAGAGAAUGAGGAGGUACCCCAGGACAGCCGGGAGGCUGUGGAGAACCCCCAGACCCUUGCACCCCUGAAUCCGGAUCAGGAAACUCCACAGGAUGAGUCCGAGCCAACAACACAAACCGUCACCUUCUUGGACAACACAGACAGCCUGGAGGGGGGCUCCGGGGCCCCAGAGGAGCAGGAGACGAAGAGGGAGGUGGACAAAGCAGACAUCCAAACAUCAGGGAUCACCGCUAUCGGGGGGACGUCAGAGGGAGCGCUGUGUCACUUUCCCUUCCUCUUCAUGGAAAAGGAAUAUGACGAGUGCACAUCAGACGGACGGGAGGAUGGGAGGCUAUGGUGCGCCACCACCUACGAUUACAAGAGCGACUUGAGAUGGGGCUUCUGUGAAACGGAGGAACAAGCCACCCAAAGGCGGCAGAUGCAGGAAGCAGACGAGCUGUACCAGCAGGGGAUGAAGAUACUGAACGAGAGCACAAAGAGGUCACAGAGGAGGGAGGCGUUCCACUAUUUCCUGAGAGCAGCUGACAUGAAUCACAUUAAAGCCAUGGAGAAGGUGGCCUAUGCAUUGUUAUUUGGGGACCCCCUGAAGCAGGAUAUCCCCUCCGCCAAGGCUCUUCUCGAGAAGUUGACUGAGCAGGGAUCCCCUCGAGGGCAGAUGGCUCUGGGUUUCCUCUAUGCAUCUGGUCUCGGUGUGAACUCCAGCCAGGCCAAGGCUCUGGUCUAUUACACGUUUGGAGCGUUAGGAGGGAACCUGAUUGCACAUAUGGUUCUGGGUUAUCGCUACUGGGCUGGGAUUGGUGUUCUGCAAAGCUGUGAAUCUGCCCUGACACAUUACCGGCUGGUUGCAAAUCAUGUGGCCAGUGACAUUUCUCUCACCGGAGGGACAGUAGUCCAGAGAAUUCGCCUGCCUGAUGAGUUAGAAAACCCUGGUAUGGCCAGUGGCAUGCUGGAGGAAGAUCUGAUCCAGUACUACCAGUUUCUGGCUGAGAAAGGAGAUGUCCAGGCUCAGGUGGGACUUGGACAACUUCAUUUACAUGGUGGACGUGGAGUAGAACAAAACCAUCAGAGAGCAUUCGAAUACUUCAAUCAAGCGGCCAAUGCUGGGAACUCGCAUGCCAUGGCUUUCCUGGGAAAGAUGUAUUCUGAAGGCAGUGACACCGUGCGGCAGAGCAAUGAGACGGCCCUUCAAUACUUCAAGAAAGCAGCAGACAUGGGGAACCCGGUUGGGCAGAGUGGUCUGGGGAUGGCGUAUCUGUAUGGCAGAGGCGUUCCUGUGAACUACGAUCUGGCGCUGAAGUAUUUCCAGAAAGCUGCUGAGCAGGGUUGGGUGGAUGGGCAGCUCCAGCUGGGGUCUAUGUACUACAAUGGUGUCGGAGUGAAGAGGGAUUACAAACAGGCCCUGAAGUAUUUUAACCUGGCUUCUCAGGGAGGUCACAUUUUGGCAUUCUACAACCUGGCGCAGAUGCACGCCACCGGCACUGGAGUUCUGCGAUCUUGCCAAACUGCAGUAGAGCUGUUUAAGAACGUGUGUGAACGCGGCCGAUGGUCUGAGAGGCUAAUGACUGCAUAUAAUGGCUACAAGGGCGGAAACUCCAACACCGCUGUGGUGCAGUACUUGCUACUGGCCGAGCAGGGAUACGAGGUGGCACAAAGUAAUGCGGCCUUCAUCCUGGACCAGAAAGAAGCAAGUCUGUUUGGUGAAAAUGAGACGUACCCGAGAGCUCUCCUGCACUGGAACCGGGCGGCUGCACAAGGGUACACCGUGGCCAGGCUGAAGCUGGGCGAUUACCAUUUCUACGGCUACGGAACUGAUAUAGAUUACGAAACGGCCUUUAUUCAUUACCGCCUGGCAUCUGAGCAGCAGCACAGCGCACAGGCCAUGUUUAAUCUGGGCUACAUGCAUGAGAAAGGCCUGGGCAUUAAACAGGACAUCCAUCUUGCUAAGCGCUUCUAUGAUAUGGCGGCUGAGGCUAGUCCGGAUGCCCAGGUCCCAGUCUUCCUUGCACUAUGUAAACUUGGCGUCCUGUACUCUCUGCAGUAUCUGCAGGACCUGAAUGUGAAGGAGAUGGUGUCACAAGUGGAUAUGGACCAGCUGCUGGGACCAGAAUGGGACCUCUACCUCAUGACCAUCAUUGCGCUGCUGCUCGGGACAGUUAUUGCCUAUCGGCAAAGGCAACCCCAGGUCAUUCCGAGGCCUCCAACACCGGCGCCACGACCGGCACCACAGGACCCUCCACAGCCGGAGCAGCCACCACAGGAAGCUCAGCAGCAGCCGCCGCCCCAGUGACAUCACUGCAUCCUGUGAAUAGAGACUGACCCAAAGGCUUCCAGGAGACCAGAGCGGCCUGGUCCGGACAUAUGCAACAACUUGGCAACUCCAAGGGACAUGAAGCAAGGUUCAUAUAUUAUUUUAUUUUUUUCCUCCGUCUUUGUUGAAUGUCUAUUUUACACAGCAGAGCGCAGUCCACGAGGAAUUCCACUAUUUAUUACAGACUUGUCGGAUAAAUACUGGACUAUUUCGGAGGAGUUUUUUUUUUUUUUUUUUAAAGGCCAAAAUCUGAGCUAAUAAACCAACCCAAUGUCUGUGGCUGGUGCAUUGAUCUCCCACUACUGGAGGACCCGCACUUCAUUAUGGUGUCCUCGACUCUUGGACUGGUUGCAGGUCUUCUCUGACUCCUCGUAUAUGUACCAGACCCCUCUGUACUUCAGACUCCGAUGUGUGGGGGUCUGUGCAUCAGCCGCCAUUUCUAAUGAUUAUUUUUAUAGUGUGCACCUUACAGGUUGAAAUUGUCACUUCCUUCAGAUUUAUUUUUUAUUGGGUGCAGCAGGUGAAACUCCAAAAAAAAAACUGACCACAGUCUUAGUGCCCAGCCACCCCAAAGUUUCUCUUACCUUAUCACUAUUAAUCCUAAGAUCCCAUGACUUCAGCUGAAGCUUGUGCCAGGCAUCACUACCUGACUGGCCCAUGCUUCAGCCUGCCAGGAAACAUGUGACCAUGCCACUCAGCCAGCGACGCCGGGCACAGGCUUCACCUGAACACUGCGGGGAUGUCAUAUUGGCAAUGGAGAGGUGAGUGCCACUUUGGGGAUGAAGUUCUCCUUUGAGAAAUGAGAGCUGCUGCUGUUAUUUAUGGGACGGGCUGCCCCCCGCGCCCCAUCUUCUUCCUCCCUAGCCUUGGAGCAAGUGUUUUGUUGUGUAAAGGAUUUGUAUAUUCUCCACAACCUCUGUUUCCUGAGGACCCUCCGGGAGGAUUCUGCGGGACUUCCGGCUUCUCAGAUGAAUAUAUGGAGGGGGGAGGUCGUUGAGCCCAAUGGCGCCGCCCUGUGGUUCAGCGGUGUCAUUGUUCACUCUGGAUUGUGAGUUUUAUUUAAGUAAUAAAAUCAGAAAAGGAAA